AUGCCGUUCUCCCAAUUCAUCAAACGGCUGGCGGAGCCUGUCAUAACAUAUAUCAGAGGCUUUCUGUUGAAUACCAUACGGCAAGGUCCUAUUCCAAAACAUGUGGCAUUUAUCAUGGAUGGAAACCGACGAUAUGCGAGAGAACACGAUUUACCUAUUGUGGACGGACACAAGCGCGGAAUCGAAUCGCUGAUGAAAAUGCUAGAUGAAGGCUUCGAAUGUGGCAUAGAAGUGAUAACGAUCUACGCUUUCAGCCUUGAAAACUUCCACCGACCCAAAGAACAGGUUUAUGACCUGAUGGUCUUACUCAAGGGUUUUGUCUCACAAUUCGCCCCACAAAGUCCACUGGUGAAGAAGUUCGAUCUUAAACUACGAGUGGUAGGUCGUGUGGAAUUGUUAGAGGAGGACUUUCGGAAGAUUGUCCAAGAGACCGCGGAUAGGCUGAAGAACAACCGGGGCAAGAUUCUAAAUGUCUGUCUAGCAUAUACAGCCAGAGAUGAGAUCACCACGGCUAUAAGCAAGACGGCUACUAGUUGUGUUUCGACUGGUGAAAUAACAGCAAAAGCCUUGUCAGACAAUAUGUUCAUCGGUUCCCCAGCCCCAGACCUUUUGAUACGCAGCUCAGGUGUCCACCGUCUGAGUGAUUUUCUGCUCUGGCAAUGUCACCAAAACACAGUCAUAGAGAUCGUGGAUGUGAAAUGGCCGGAGUUCGGAAUGCGGGCUAUGGGUUUGAUUUUAUUGAAGUGGCAAAGACGGAGAAAGUCUUGCAUUUUACCAGAGGCCCAAGAGAAAGAGAAAACCCCUGGAUAG